CCUCACCAGGGGACGUUGGUGACGUCAGCAACGCGCCAGCUCCCCUUGCACGUUGUGUUAUGUAGGUGUUAGGAUGAGCAGUGCUGGCUGAUCGCGAUGCUAAGCCCAUCUGAACUGUUUUCUGUUCGUAAUCGGGAGAAAACUCUCCCUCAGCGUUCUCAUGGACAGAAGGACUUUUUGCCAGACGGUUCGGAGGUGCAGAAUGAGAAAGUGAAAAUCUGUCGGAAAGAACAAUGGGAGUUGCUGAGAGAGGAACGUGUGGAACGCCUAGGCAGCCUGGUGAGAGGUGUUUGGAAGCCUCAGAAAGAACUGGUGGAGCUGACAUCCCCAGCGGGCAAAUUCUGGCAGAACAUGGGGUCCACCGAACAAGGAAAGCAGUGCCUUCUACCAGAGGAAGCAGUCUACUUACUAGAGUGUGGCACCGUUCAGAUAUUUUACAAGGAAUUACAAUUAUCAGUCCAGGAGGCAUACGAGAGGCUGCUUACCCAUCAGACCAUCACAAUGCAGCAAUACCAGGUUUACAGUUAUUUGAAGAGAUUGGGCUAUAUUGUCACCCGCUUUAAAGCCAGUUCUGUUAUGUCCACUUACGAAAGGCAGAUUAAUGUUCAACCUUGCAGUAGAGCUCGUCAAAAACGUAAGCGGAGCUCCAGUCCAAAGUUAAAAGAGAAAUUAAAGCAAAACAAAGAAGAUCAACAAACCGUGUUUGAGGACAUACAAGAUCUGAAAGUAGAACAAUCUUUGAAUUCGAGUGUCUGGAUUAACAAUGGAAGCUGUUCUGCUGAUAACCAGUUCACAUCCAAGGGUGCUCGUAUUGCUGAUACCAUAGAAGAUAUAAACCUGGAAUCUGCCAACCAGUUAGCGAACACUCAGGUGGCAAAAUUAAGAAGCCCUUUCCGUUGGGACUUUUCCAAAAUCCUCUUUCCCAGUUGUGCCCCGGACCAUUCCUGCAACUUGCUGCCCCCGCCUGAACAUGAACUUCUGCCAGAAAAUGUAGCCGGGCGAGAGGUGGACAUAUCACUAUGGAGACUUAGGCUGAAUCAGAAAACGGACAAAAUGUCCCGAAGGGAACAAGAGCAGUAUGAUUGGGAACAACGGUUCAAGACCAGCAUAAACGCAGACCCCAUGGUGCAGAAAUGUACGAGCUGGAAGGAAUACAAGAAACUCCUGCAGGAUAGGGGACAUUCUAGCCAGAAAGAAAGACCUCAUCAUCUCUGGGCCGGUAACAUAACUCCACUGGUGACACCUCAACAUGGGAUGAGCACAGCUUCUGUCUUGGAACAAAUCACAGUGAUGCAUCAAUCCCACCUUUUGGAUGAUCGCGAUAGGUUGCAGAACUAUGCACCAGAUAUGCCUCAGAUUCUAUUUGAUGUGCAUCAGGCUGAUGGAACCUCUGAGUUCAAGAAGUCCAGACCAGGAAAGCCAUAUGCUCGAAUUUGUGUGUGCAGCUUCGAUGAGCCAAUCCCCUCCCUGCGUACAGUAAAGUGCCUGGCGUUACGAAGCGGAGAUGUACCUGUAGUGUUUGCCUUAGUGAACUGUGGAGAAGUUGCCUUUUACACAUUUAAGGAUUUCCAGCUUCCAGUGGAUGUCUACCCCUAGGGAUACGUGGCGAGAAGAUCACUAUUACCUAACUGAUUCAUUGGACUAAUGGUUUUAGUACUGUGGACGAUUCUGCAAGACCCAGAAUUGUUUUUUGACUUUCAUUUUUAUCGAAAAUAAAAACAAAAUCUGUCUGAUA